GUUUUACAUUAAAUAUUCUACAAUAUAUUAGAUCCUACUGUUUCGACUCCAGUUUUUUGGAUUAAAGAUAAUAUACAACGUAACCAAGAAUUUGACAAACCAAUGUUUUAUUGUACUCAAUGUAAAUUUGAUGAAAUUAAUGCAUCUAAUAUAGAAAAAAAAUGGAUACCUAUAUCAUUAGAUCUUAUAUCACCAAAGCAAUUACGUCCCAACUUAAGUUAUCUAUAUACAGCAGGAUUAAAUACUCAAUCUACAGAAUUAUCAACUUUAACUGACAUGCUUCCCCAUAAAGGUAGAGUAAUUAAGCAAAAAGACUUCAAAUGGGGAAGAGAUUCUUGCUUAAUACCAGUAAAAAUGACUAAUGAGCCAGAAACACAUUUUGGUAAAAUAAAAGGAUGUUAUAGCGAUUGGGCAGAAAAUUAUAUUCUUACUAUCGGUUAUCAUCCUUAUUAAUUAUAAAAAAAUGCAUAAUCAAUAAAGACUAAUAAUGAGUUUUGUUUAUAA